CCCCAGCUCUCCCUCUACUUUUACAUAGCAAGAAAUCUUGGUUGAGUAAAGGUGAUCUUCAAACAGGCCAGUUAAAGGGUGAAGAGGCACUGAGACAGAGAAAUCUUCCAUCUGCACCUCAGCUGUUUCUCAUUAGGUAAAACUUCUUUCUGAUGAGGCAACCAGUUGUGAGUCCACCCAAGAAUGGAUAAAUGUAAGCAGACUUAUGUUAACCAGAAGACCGGCCUUGAAAAGUUCAGUCCUGAAAUUCUUUCUGAAAUUGAGAAGCUCUUUGAGAAAAAGUUUACUUACACUAAGCCAGUGAAUGAUGAAUGGAAGCUGCCAGAUCCCAGCAAUGCUUUUACAUGUGAUCAUGUGGAAUUUCACUCACUCCUGGCUCUGAAGGACUCAAUGAAUGAAGUGAAGAACCAAUUGAGUGAUAAGAACUUGGAAGAUUGGCAUCAGCACACCUCAUUUACCAAUAAAGCAGGGAAAAUAAUAUCUCAUGUGAAGAAAUCUGUGAAUGCUGAGCUCUGUACCCAGGCAUGGUGCAAAUUUCAUGAGAUCCUUUGCAGUUUUUCUCUUCUCCCAGAAGAAGCUCUUCAAGAUGGAGAACUGAAUUCUGUGCACCUCUGUGAAGCACCUGGAGCUUUUAUAGCCAGCCUUAACCACUUCCUGAAGUCCCACCAUGUCCCUUGCCACUGGAAUUGGGUAGCAAAUACUCUAAACCCUUAUCACGAAGCCAAUGACAUCCUUAUGAUGAUCAUGGAUGACCGUCUGAUAGCAAACACGUUACCUUGGUGGUACUUUGGCCCAGAUAACACUGGGGAUGUGAUGACAUUAAGACAUCUAACAGGACUUCAGAGCUUUGUGAGUAAUAUGACCACAGUCCACUUGGUAACUGCUGAUGGCAGCUUUGAUUGCCAGGGGAAUCCAGGUGAGCAGGAAGCUCUUGUCUCACCCCUUCAUUACUGUGAAACAGUCACAGCUUUAAUGAUCCUGGGCACUGGAGGAUCCUUUGUUUUGAAGAUGUUCACUCUGUUUGAACACUGUUCUAUCAACCUGCUCUUUCUGCUAAACUGCUCUUUUGAGGAGGUCCAUGUCUUUAAACCAGCCACAAGCAAAGCUGGAAACUCAGAGGCCUAUGUGGUUUGCCUUCGCUAUAUGGGCAGAGAAAGCCUUCAUCUGCUUCUUCCUAAAAUGACACAGAACUUUGGAACAGAAAUGGUCAAGAAAGCUCUCUUCUCCCAGCAUACACUUCCAGAAUCAUUCCUAAAAACACAUGAAGAGUGUUGCAUGUUUUUCUACAAGUGCCAGGUAGAAACGAUCUCUGAAAAUAUCCGUCUUUUUGAGCACAUGGAUGAAGCAGAGCAGGUGAAACUGAACAAGUUAAGAGACUGUGCAGUAGAGUUCUUCAUGCAAAAGUUCCACCUGAAACCCAUUGGCAGAAAUAACUGGCUUGUCAAGAAAUCCCAGACUGGUUGCAGCAUGAAUGCAAAAUGGUUUGGACAAAGAAACAAAUAUUUUAGUACAUACAAUGAAAGGAAGAUGAUGGAAACCCUGACAUGGAAUGAUAAAGUGGCAAAGGGCUAUUUUAAUCACUGGGCUGAGGAACAUAGUUUAAAUAAUGCUGGGAACAUGUGUGUCCUGGAAGGAUCAUUUGCUAACCUUGAAUGUAGCUUUUGGUACAUUUUGGAGGGAAAAAGAUUGCCCAGAGUAAAGUGUUCUCCAUUUUGUGAUGUUCAGGUCUUAGAAAAUCUUAAUGAAGCUGUGAAGGAGUUGGGUGGGGGAAGGCUGAAAAGCAGAUCAAUGCUGCAGCCUUGUCACUCUUGUGAAGUUCUUCCUGGGGAACUCAUACUGGCAAAAGUGUCUGAUCUUUCCAGGUGCCAUCAGGAAGUCCUAAAUGAAAGUUGUAGUGACCAAUUCAAGUGCCUUGUGGUGGGUUUUCCUACCCUGUGUGACACAGAAAGCCAGCCCAGCAUGGAGAUAAAGCCCAUGGACGCAUCCACACUGCUGACUUUCAGCUUCUCUUUGCUGUAUGAUGGAGAACCAAAGUACCAGCAGCAGCUUUUGGAGUGCGUUCUGCAUUCCUUGGCGCAGCUGACAGCAGGAGAUGCCUUGGUUUUGCCUGUUCUCUCCUGCCUGACGCGUUUCACAGCUGGCCUGGUCUUCAUCCUGCACCGCUGCUUCCGGAGCGUCGCGUUCGCGUGCCCGACCUCGCGGGAGCCCCUGAGGAGCGGCGCCGCUCUGCUCUGCGUUGGCUUCCGAGGCCUCCCCGCGCCCGUGGUGCAGUACCUGCAGCACCUGAAUGCUCUCAUGAGCUCUUUGCUGGACACAGACUCUCCCCAGCAGGUUCUGCAGUUUGUGCCCAUGGAGAUUCUCCUCCAGGGCAAGCUGUUGGAGUUUCUGUGGGAUUUAAACACGGCCAUUGCAAAGAGACAGCUCCACCUGAUUGUGCAAGCUCAGCAGCAGCGAAUGGCUAGUGACAUUCCACUUUAAAUAAUUCUAGAACUGUCUGUUUUGUGAAUGCCAUGCUGAUAUCCUGAGUUCCAGUUCUUUGUGCGCUUCAGUCACUUGACAGAAGGAUCAAAUGGAGCUGUUUAUGCCAGAGAAGUGCUCAGCCUCUGGCUGUUCAUUGCUUACUCUUCAGGCAAUAAUUUGGAUUGCCAUCAAGCCCUCUCUUGUGACUUCUUAUGGGUCCAAAGCUGAGCUCAAUUCUCGAGAAUGAAAUUUGCUAAAAGAAUUAGCCAGUGGCUGUAGACACUUAGGCUUGUAACAAGCAAAGCCUUUAGGAGGCAUUUAAAUGCAGGAAACUUCCACUAGCCAUGAGAGGCUCAUAACAUGGAAUUGCUGGGAUUUGCCAGCCUUUCCAUGCUAAAAAUCCUUAAAACAAAGGCUUUGAAGUGUUACCACCUGAACAAACAGUUCACCAGUUGUUGUGCUGCCUUUCUUGUGCACACAAGUGUGUUCAGGUUUGUGUGGGAGCCCUCUGGGUUGUACAGCCAUGAAGCUUUUGUGUUGUAAGUAUUCAAUGUGUGCUUUUGAUUGAAGGAUGUAUAUAUUUUUGAAGUAGAAGAAGAUACGUUGAUUUACAUGGCUGUUGUAUAUUUUCAUUUUAUUGACAAAUGUUGAAAGUGUUAAAAGACUUUUUUUAAAAAAAUAAGGGAAAACAACUGCUGUUUGGAGAAAAUAAAGCCUUUUAUUUUAGGUUUUCA